CGGCCCGGCCGCGCGCGCCGCUUCCGCCGCCGCCCCCUCCGGACCUCCCAGGGCAGCCGUCUCAUGCCCUCUCUGCGCCCGGCGCUGCUUAGAGCCGCCCGCGCCGCUCUGCUGCUGUCGCCGCCGCCCCGGCUCCCGGCCCGGCCUCCUCUUCUGCCCUGCCGGCCCAUCAGCAAGCCAGCCCGCGCCCCGACCUCGUUCCCCGCUGCCGCCUCCCGGAGCAGCAUGGAUGGCGCGGGGGCUGAGGAGGUGUUGGCACCUCUCAGGCUAGCGGUGCGCCAGCAGGGAGAUCUUGUGCGAAAACUGAAAGAAGAUAAAGCACCCCAGGUCGAUGUAGACAAAGCAGUAGCUGAGCUCAAAGCCCGGAAGAGGGUUCUGGAAGCAAAGGAGCUAGCGUUACAGCCCAAAGAUGAUGUUGUGGACAGAGCAAAAAUGGAAGAUACCCUGAAGAGGAGGUUUUUCUAUGAUCAAGCUUUUGCUAUUUAUGGAGGUGUUAGUGGUCUCUAUGAUUUUGGGCCAGUUGGAUGUGCUUUGAAAAACAAUAUUAUUCAGACCUGGAGGCAGCACUUUAUCCAAGAGGAACAGAUUCUGGAGAUUGAUUGCACCAUGCUCACCCCUGAGCCAGUUUUAAAGACUUCUGGCCAUGUAGACAAAUUUGCUGACUUCAUGGUGAAAGAUGUAAAAAAUGGAGAGUGUUUUCGUGCUGACCAUCUAUUGAAAGCUCAUUUACAGAAAUUGAUGUCUGAUAAGAAGUGUUCUGCUGAGAAGAAAUCAGAGAUGGAAAGUGUCUUGGCCCAGCUCGAUAACUAUGGACAGCAAGAACUGGGGGAUCUUUUCGUGAACUAUAAUUUAAAAUCCCCCACUACUGGAAAUGAUCUUUCCCCUCCAGUGCCUUUUAACUUAAUGUUCAAGACCUUCAUUGGGCCUGGAGGAAACAUGCCUGGAUACUUGAGACCAGAAACUGCACAGGGGAUUUUCCUGAAUUUCAAACGACUUUUGGAAUUCAACCAAGGAAGGUUGCCUUUUGCUGCUGCCCAGAUUGGAAAUUCUUUCAGAAAUGAGAUCUCCCCUCGAUCUGGACUGAUCCGAGUCAGAGAAUUCACAAUGGCAGAAAUUGAGCACUUUGUAGAUCCCAGUGAGAAAGACCAUCCCAAGUUCCAGAAUGUGGCAGACCUCCACCUGUAUUUGUAUUCAGCGAAAGCCCAGGUCAGCGGACAGUCUGCUCGGAAAAUGCGCCUCGGAGAUGCUGUUGAACAGGGCGUGAUUAACAACUCAGUAUUAGGCUAUUUCAUUGGCCGCAUCUACCUCUACCUCGUGAAGGUUGGUGUAUCUCCAGAUAAGCUCCGCUUCCGACAGCACAUGGAGAAUGAGAUGGCCCAUUAUGCCUGUGACUGUUGGGAUGCCGAAUCCAAAACAUCCUAUGGCUGGAUUGAGAUUGUCGGAUGUGCUGACCGUUCCUGUUAUGACCUUUCUUGUCAUGCGAGAGCCACCAAAGUCCCACUCGUAGCUGAGAAGCCUCUGAAAGAGCCCAAAACAGUCAACGUUGUUCAGUUUGAGCCUAAUAAGGGAGCAAUCGGCAAGGCAUAUAAGAAGGAUGCAAAGCUGGUGAUGGAGUACCUUGCCAUUUGUGAUGAGUGUUACAUUACAGAAGUGGAGAAACUACUGAAUGAAAAAGGGGAAUUUACUAUUGAAACUGAAGGGAAAACAUUUCACUUGACAAAAGACAUGGUCAAUGUGAAGAGGUUCCAGAAAACACUACAUGUGGAAGAAGUUGUUCCGAGUGUAAUUGAACCCUCAUUUGGCCUGGGUAGGAUCAUGUAUACAGUAUUUGAACAUACAUUCCAAAUACGCGAGGGAGAUGAACAGAGAACGUUCUUCAGUUUCCCUGCCGUAGUAGCUCCAUUCAAAUGUUCUGUCCUUCCACUGAGCCAAAACCAGGACUUCAUGCCGUUUGUCAAGGAAUUAUCGGAAGCCUUGACCAGGCACGGCAUCUCUCACAAAGUAGACGAUUCCUCGGGGUCCAUCGGAAGACGCUACGCCAGGACUGAUGAGAUCGGCGUGGCUUUCGGCAUCACCAUUGACUUUGAUACCGUGAACAAGGCCCCUCACACGGCAACCCUGCGGGACCGAGACUCCAUGCGGCAGAUAAGAGCAGAGGUCUCUGAACUGCCCAGUGUAGUUCGCGAUCUGGCCAAUGGCAGCAUCACGUGGGCUGAUGUGGAGGCCAGAUAUCCUCUCUUUGAAGGUCAAGAAACUGGGAAAAAAGAGACAAUCGAAGAAUGAGGACAGUUUUGGCAACUUUUGACCAUUUGCGCUAAUAAAAGAAUAACUCUCAUCAUGUCCACUUAACAAAAAAAACAGCAUUGCAUCUCCUCCCGGGGACUGCAUUUUAUCCUCGGUGGCUGCCUGAUCUUACUCUCACAAUUAAAGCUGAAGGAAUUCUGAACAAACCUGUAAUCCACUUGCUCAUCUUUCCGCGUUUUCAGCAAAGCUAUUUCUCCUACCUUUGGGUAGACACUCAUGGCUUAAUGUUAAACACAGUUAAUACAUUUUAAAAUUAACUCUAUUCAUAGAGCCGUAAAAUUCGCCUGUUUGAAGCGUACAAUUUGAUGGCGUUUAGUAUAUUUACAGAGCUGUGCAACUGCCUUCCAAUUUUAGAACAUCUCCGUCGCUCCAAAAAGAGCGCUCAUGCGCAUCCCAGCCCCAGCUGCAAGCAACCACUCAUCUGUCUUCUGUCUGUGGACUUGCCUUUUCUAUCCUUUCUCUUUCUCCGAGAAGGUGGUGAUGCGCUGUGCCAAAGAGGCAGCAGUCUCUGAGUAGGUGGGCGGCUACUGGGAGGGGCUGAGGUGCGGAGGAGGCUUGCUGGGGUGGAGUCAGGGCUGCUGACCCCCAUGUCCUGCUGACAGAGCCUCCGGGAGGGGGUGCCUUGACAGAAACCCUCUAUGUGAAUUUUAAGACGUGCUUGUACUUGGCUUCCCAGGUAGCCCUGGAAACCACUGAACUCCUGAUGCUAGAGGAACCCCAUCUGCCUUGUCUGACUUGGCACUUCUCAACCAUCACAGCGUCUUGAUUCCAGCCUAGUAGUUUUUGGCUCAGCUUCUGAGGGACUUUACUUCUAUGAUGUUUUUGUACAGGACACUCAGAACCCAGAUGUUUAUUUGUUAGGAAAAAAUUCAAGGAUGUGCCCAUUUGAGCAGCUCUUUAUUUACAGACCUAAGACUCUGCCUUCCCAUCUUCCUCUCAGACAGUAGAGGGGAGGGGAGGGGCCCUUUCCAGAAUGUUGUCCUUUGUCUUGGGUGUGAAGAGCAGUUGAAGAAUCCCCCGGGGAUUCUCUCGUCUUUAUCUCAUCUCUGAGGACGCCUACCACAGUGUUGCACAUAGUAGGUAGUCAAUAAAUAGACUUUGGAUGAGCCUUGAAGUUUUGAACAAAUCUCUGGGGAAGAAAGCCUUUCACUGAAACUUAUUUCUCUUCUACCCAGUGCUUUUCAAAGUAUUCAUUAUUAAAUUAGAAGGAACGAGCUUUUAAAUAAACUGAGUUUUUAUUUUCCAGGGAUUCUUUUUACCUCAGGUUCCUAAUAAUAUAGCUCUUCACUUGGGGUAUAUUCCAGCAUCGUCACAUUGGGGCUGGAGUAGGGGUGGGGGGCAGUUGUCUUUACUUCUUACCACUUAUUUAACUUCCUUUUACAGUGGGCACCUCCAUGGUCAGUCACCACCACCUCAGACAUUGUUAUGAGCUCCUUAAUGGGAAAAGAUAUAUUAAACACAUAGUGGGAUUUACCUACUUUGGAUCAUAAAGGGAUUGGAACCCAAGCACUCUUCGCUUUUCAUUGGAAAAUACAUUUGCCAUGAAUUAGAUGCUGGAUAUUAAUUCUA